UGAAAAGAACUGAAAAAUUUCUGGAAUGAGUGAAGCUGAGGAAGUCAGCACCGACUUGACAUGGAAUGCUGUGAAGUUGGUAGUCUGCAUGAUACUGAGCUUGUCAUUUAUUAUUGGGACCCCUGGAAAUUGCAUUGUCAUCUGGACUGUUUGUACAAAAAUGAAGCAAGUAUCUCCUUCAGUCCUGCUGAUCUUGAACCUGGCCAUUGCAGAUAUCCUCAUACUGAUCACUUUGCCAAUCUGGAUUUACUCCUUUGCUGACUCAUGGGUUUUUGGAAUCGUGUUCUGCAAAAUACUGGUCUUCAUGAUUUACUGCAGCAUGUAUGUUAGUAUAUUUCUAAUUACAGCACUGAGCUUGGAGAGACUAAUGGCUGUGUUUUACCCUUUCACAAUGCAGAGGUACAAAACAAAAGAAAAUAUUUUUGUAAUCAUGUUCCUCAUUUGGUUCCUGUCCAUUGCUUUUGGCGUUACUAUUAUUCCAUUCCAAGAGACCGAUGAAAUCAACGGUGGACUACAGUGCACAUGUCGCAACUACUCUACUACUGGACAGAAAGUGUCAUAUCUUUUGCUGGAGACUCUUGCAGGUUUUGCAGUUCCUUUUUUAAUUAUAUGCACUUGCUAUGUGUGUGUUGCAAAAAGAAUAAGACAAAUGACUUACCAAUCAAAGCAGCGAUCAGAACGGCUCAUUACCAGCAUAGUGGUGGCAUUCAUUUUAUGCUGGUUCCCACAUCAUCUCUUUAACAUCCUAGAUAUUAUUUCAGUUCAGAUAGAAGACUCUAAUGAAACAUAUUCAGCACUGGAAAAAAUUAUAGACAAAGGAGAGUACAUCUCCGGAGCACUUGUAUUUAUCAGUAGCUGUAUUAACCCUCUACUUUAUGCUUUUGCUGCACGAAAAUUCCAGAAUCACCUGAGAUUUGCCAAGAUUUCAAAGCUGUUUGAACAGUUGAGUCAGACUGUAACAGAGGAAGACAAGAAAAAGAUUUCUUCUGUAACCAAGCAAGAAACUAUUAUAGCAGGCACAGAGGAUCUCUAA